AUGCAGAAAAAUGUUAGAGAGAAUCCUAGUUUAAGGCUAGUUGACAUUAUGGAGAAGACCCAACAAAAAUGGAAUGUGGGGAUCAAUAUAACUCUUGCAUACAGGGCUAAGACAAAGGCAAUUGACAUUGUUGAUGGAUCAUUUAGAGAACAAUACAAAAGAAUACAUGACUAUGCACAUGAACUUCUGAGGGCCAAUUCUAGUUCAACAGUCAAAGCAUGCAAUGACAGUUUUUUCAAGUGCAGGCAUAUAAUAGGUUUGAAUGGAUGCUUCUUGAAGGGUUACUAUGGUGGACAGAUUCUUGCUGCAAUUGGGAGGGAUCCCAAUGACCAGAUGAUGCCAAUUGCUUUUGCUGUGGUGGAGGGAGAAACCAAAGAUUAUUCGAGUUGGUUCCUUGAGUUGGUGAUAUCUGAUCUUGGAGGGCCAAGGAUACGCAAAACCUACACUUUCAUAAGUGACCAACAAAAGGGACUUUUACCAGCUCUAGAAGAAUUAUUGCCUCAAGUGGAUCAGAGGUUCUGUGUCAGGCAUUUGUACAACAAUUUUAGAAAGAAAUUCCCAGGUGCCAAACUCAAGGAAUUAAUGUGGAAAGCUGCUACAGCUAGUUAUAAUAAUGCAUUUGAAAAAGCUAUGCUGGAGAUGAAGGGUGUUAAUGAGAAUGCCUUCAAGCAUUUGAUAAAGCUGCCAGCUAAAUAUUGGAGCAAGGCAUUCUUCAAGCCAUAUCCUCUUUGUGAUGCCUUGGUGAACAACAUGUCAGAGGCUUUCAACUAUGUGUUUAUGACUUCUAGAGCCAAACCUAUAAUAACCAUGCUUGAAGAAAUCAAGGUAUAUCUCAUGCUACGCCAUUUUUUUGUGGAGUGUAAGAUGUUCAAGAAAAUAUAUCCACACCUUUCUACUGAAGUCAUCAAUAGAUGUUAUAAAGUACCUCUUGUUGCUAUUGGAGUUGGGAGUAAUUGGACUGCAAAUAUCACAAUGUACAAGCUGCAAUUUGUGUGA